AUGUUUUCGACUUGCCUGUGGUUUGUGUUCUGGUGGAGUUCGCUCGUCACGGAAAUCCAUUUACCCGAGCUGUCACGAAGCUUUGGACCGGUGAAUUUUCGGAAUCUGACGUGCGGGAACGUGCGGAUUGGCGCGACGAAUGCCACGUUCAACUCGUCAUUGUGGUCCCUGGAGACGACUGAGCUGUCGGAGAUUUCGUGCUCCAUCGACGUCGAGAUGGGGGUUUUCCACUCGCAGAUCACUUCUCUUGUUGCUGUGAGCCCCAGCCAUGUGUCGUUGAGAAAGUCGCCCGAUGACCAGUGCUUGUGUGCCGUUGUGUCAAAGGAUCAUUGCAGCCUGGACGUGAAGAUGAGAGACACGAAGCUGGAGCCCCCCAACGCGCUUCUGCAAGGGGUAGUGAAUCUUGCUAAAGAUUUUGUAGAGAGGAAGGCAGAGCCGUACGUCUGUGAGGUUGCUCUUCCCCGUCUAGAAGAGGAGCUGCAGAAACAUGAGGUUAACCCACCCGUGCCGGUCCCUGCUCUCAAAAAGGAUUCGACACCUCUGAGCACCUCGCCACUUUUUCGCGCCGCUGUGAACAUUGUGAAUAACGUUCCUGAGGUGCUUGGUGUACGUCUCAACGCCACUGUGGAUGCAGAAACAACGGUUCGUUUGGGAAUGAGCCUUCCUCACGGCCUUCAUGCAUCGCUGGGAAAUACAGCGGGGCCUGGUGCUUCACCAGAGACUCUGCUGGAUAUGCUGAAGCUGAUUCUCAAGGCACUCGACAUUGAGGGUGUUGUGCCGAAUACUACACGUGUGUUUCCUGUUAUUGAGGGCGGUGGCGCAGAGGCUGAAGUACCACACCCCUUUGGUGUGUCACUAGACAUCUCCUUCGAUGAUCUUCAGUGCGAUGAAGCCGGCUACUCCUGCACUCUGCAAUGCGAUGACGGCAUCACUUUACACAACCUCCGCGUGGAAAAGCUCGGCGAGUGGCAACGGGUGAUUGUGAAUGAUAUGGACCCAAUAGUUCUGCCGUUCAUCAACAGGCUUAUCAACUCCAUGACAGCGCCCUUCUGCAAUACAACGGUCGGUCGCUUCCAACUUCCCACGCGGAAGUCGCCUUCAGUGCUUAUGACGCCACCAAUGGCUUUAUAUAUUCCGUCCGUUUUGGUGGCUGUCUUCUUCGUCUGUGGUGUUGUUGCGCUGAGCAUCCGGCGCCAGAAGGGGGGUGCCCCUGUCACCCUGCAAGACGGUACCCCGGUGCCCCUCCGCCGCGUGGUGGCGGAGGAUGCUGUGCUCACACUGUUGGUCAUGGUCACUGCCCUUGGGUUCAUCUGGUCGAACUCCACCACUGGCGCGACACUGGUAAUGGGGGACGAGGUUGGGCUGCUCUCUUUUUCGUUGAUGGAGACAACGCGCAGCCUCUACAACGCGGGCUUGCGUCCGCUUGCAGUGCUUGUUUUCGCCUUCAGCGGUGUGUACCCGUAUGUCAAACUGCUGUGUAUCCUGGUGUGCACACUAAUUCUUGAGAAGCCAGACCUUGUGAUCCUAAAGAUUGUUGACUACUUUGGCAAGUUUUCAUUCCUUGACUCCUAUGCGAUGGUGAUUAUGGCGAGUGGCUUACAGAUGGCAGGCAUUGCAGAAGUAAACAUACUUCCUGGGUUUUACGUGUUUCUCGCGGCGACUAUCCUCUCAAUCAUCACAGGGAACUUUGCCACAACCAUCUGGCGCCGCAACACAACGCUUCGCCAAUGCGAGGCCCAAACCCGUUCCGAGAUCUCGUCAGAAGAGAGUCUCUCUCUUGUGCCAUUAUUUGUUGCAAACAGUGAAGACGUUACAGUGUCUCGUAGGGUGUUUACCUUUGACAGAAGAUGUAUUUUUCUGCAGCUAUUGAAUGGAACUGUUGUCACCGCCUGUGUUCUACCCGUAUGGGUGACGCCAUGCCUGCGGUAUCGUGUGAGUGGCGUGGCAUCCAUUAUUCAGCCGGACGAAAGGAAUAUGACACUCUAUGAGCUCGCGUCUGUGUCAUCGAUGCUCUUGGUGACAUGCAUAUUCACAAUUGGGAUCGCACCAAUACUGUAUGCAUUCAUGUACCCGCGGUGUGCGCUGCUUGCGUCAUGGGGCGCAGCUGACGCGCUGCUCCUGGCUUGCGUGGCUGGGCUCCUUCAGAUUGGCCAGUUCGUAGAGUUCAUCAUUGGAAAGAACAUGGGUGCUAUCUACAGCGCCGAGGCACAACUGCUGUGGCCGCUGAUUCCGCUGCUGAUUUCCGCCGUGUGGCAGUGGGUGCUCGCCGCGGAACACAUCUUUGGACUGACGGGGCGGAUAAAGGGUCGUUGGAAGGCACGCAAGGCGGAGAUUGAGUUCUGA